CCACUUGGGGCGAGCCUCGUCGCGAAUCCUUUCGAAGGAACGAUGCCUUUUUCAAUUAUUUCCAUGAUUUCGCACCCUUUUCCAAACAGCCGCGGUAGAAAGUGUUUUGGGGAAAUUCACCAAACCGGUGGCUUUUCACCACAAAGGAUGGCGCCGAGGCCAACGUGUAUUAAGGAAACAGGUGAAGUCACCAAAACGAAUUCCUGCAUGUAGAGAACGCAAUUUCUAUCCAAAAACAUGGGAAAACUGUGGAAAAUCAGCGGAAAAACAGCGUUUAAAGGCUGGUGGAGCGCGGAACCGGACCAGUAUAAACCAACGGAGUAAAGGGUGGUGUAGGUUUGGUGUAAAUCAUAAGUCACAACGUUACAUAAAAUCAUCACAGAUUCUUGGUCCUGCAAACGGGGCAAAUCCUCCCAAACAUGGGUAGCGGGGACCACCACGACCUAACAUACUAGAGCUCUCGGUCUCAACGAAAUUAGUGCUCCAUUUGGUAUUGUGUUUGAGUAGAAGCGAGUGGGUAUCAUUCACGCAAACACCAUUUCAGGCACCACUGUGGUACACUUGCGCUCAUCAACCAACCGGUCCCAGCCGUCCCGUCCCGCAACAACGCAACUCUACCAGCCAUCGACCAGCGUCUGCACCGGCUGCUGCUGAAAAUGCUGAUGAACGUGGCGGCUUACUCGCUUAAACUGGCCAGUUGGCCUAGUGUACCACGCACGGUGCGACUAUCGUUACAGCGCUACCAGCACUGGACAAGGCGAAAUGUCCUGUGCAGCGGUAGGUUACAGGUAGCACAGAUCAACUUCAAACAUCAGCCCCCGUUCACCACUGCCGAGGGAAAGGAAUCGUGUUCCGGAUCUUCACCCCUGGGCAUAAGUCACUGCAACACCAGACCUUCCCUGCAUCGUUCCUACGUGUCCAACAUCAACGAUGAAUGCGACAGUGUUCUGCAGACCAAGAAGCGGUUGCUGCAGGAAAAGCGCGAAGGCCUGGUGCGCGACAUUCGCGAGCGUAAGGAGAAAGUGAGGGAACGCGUAGAGGAGGUGAUCGAACGAGAGAACGUCGCGACCAUACCGAACCUGCUCUGCAUAGGCCGCAUCGUUGCAUCGCCCUACCUUGGCUACGUCAUUGUGCAAACCGAGUUCCGGCUAGCGAUGGCCCUGCUGAUCGUGGCCGGGCUGACCGACCUGGCCGACGGUUGGAUUGCCCGUAACUGGCCGAACCAGGCGUCGCGGCUCGGUUCCUUUCUGGAUCCGAUGGCGGAUAAGGUGCUGGUGGGUUCACUUGUGAUAGCUAUGUGCUACAUCGAUCUGCUCCCACUGUGGCUAACGGCGAUGAUAGUGUUCCGAGAUGUGUUUCUCAUCGGUGCUGGGUUCGUGAUCCGGUACGUUAGUCUACCAAAACCGCGCACACUAUCGCGAUACUUUGACGUAACACACGCGACUGCCCAGCUGGCUCCUACCUUCAUUAGCAAACUGAACACUGCCGUCCAGCUGGUGACCGUAGCAACCACACUUGGAGCACCUAUCUUCGGCUACCUCGACCACGCUUUUUUGCAUGGGCUAUGGUAUCUCACCGGAUUUACGACAAUGGCCGCUGCUGUAAGCUAUCUCACCAGUAAGGACACUUAUAAGAUACUCCGAAAGAAACCCUAGUAAGCAGGGAAGGGCAGGGAAACUUGUAUCUUGUCCGCACGUAUAUAUUGCGUAAACUGUAACACACAAAAAUGAAAACAUGUACCAGCGAACUUUUGGUAUCACGGAAACGAAUAGUUUCUGAUAAAGAGAUUUCUUUUAUGUCUUUCCAUCAGAAAGUUCAUUCAAAUGGAUUACUUUACGAUGGCCGGAUUCAUUGUAGGGUAAACAAACAAAAUCCAUUUACCAAACGUGUAUAAAACAACACGCGUUUCUCUGGAAAUCUAAAAGUUCACUAGUAUUUGCUUUCGUCACUUAUGGUAUCUUUACCGGAUUCCCAACAGUGCGCGCUGGUAUGAGCUAUUUUUUUCCAGCAUAUACAAGAUGCAAGAUGAUACUACAGAAACCCUCCUACUAACCUAGGAAUGGCAAUGUCAUCUUGUCGAAAAUUUUUUUCGUUAACUGUGUAAAUAGAAUAUAUAAAAACCAACUGA